GCAAGGAACUCCAUCGAAAUCAGUUUGCUUUGACCUUAGCCAUGGCCUCAAUGUUUCAACCUAGCAAGACAUUAAAGGAAAUUCGGAAACAGUUAAAACAUUUAAACCAACAAUACAGAGAGGAGUGUAAAAUUCAAGAGAUAGACAAUACCUCUGAAAGAAAUAGUACCAGUUCAGAGCAGUCUAAUUUUACGGGUUUUCCCAAAAAGAAAGCUCAGGAAGAGGAAAAAUCACUUGAUGCUUUGGAAAAUAAACCAAAGUUUGAACCAUUGAAUAUCCAGACAUUUUUGGAAGAAGCAUGUGAAUGUCCUGUUGAUUUAUCUGAGCAUGUUGAAUCAGUGAUUACAGCAAUGAUGGAAAACUUGGAGGACAACCCACUGGCAGCAACAUCCCAGGAGCUAUGUCAACCUAAUACAAUCAGGGAGGGUGAAGAAGAAGAAUGUAGCAUUGAGCAGGUUGCCCCCCUUCUCGGUGAUGUCAUCAAUUCAGUUGAGAUUGAUUCAUCUUAUGACGAAGACAUCCAGUGCAUUGAAGAAGCCGUGGCAUGUACAAUUAGCAAAGUAAAUCAAAAACCAUCUGUUGGUGCUAUGGACAACUCACCUUUGAAUGACACUCUUCCAAACGUUACAUUUCUGUCAAAGAAAGAGGAACAAUUGUGGAGGAAAGAGAGAAUUAGAAAAGACAAUCAUAAUAUUAUCGAAAGAAGGCGAAGAUAUAACAUUAAUGACAGAAUUCAAGAACUGGCCGCACUUUUACCACCAACUGUUCAUCCAUCAAUGAAGUUGCAUAAAGGUUCAAUUCUGAAAGCAUCAGUUGAAUAUAUAAGGGAACUGAAAAAAGACACAUCUAGGCUUAUUUCAUUUGAAUCCAAACGCAAAACAAUGGAGACAAAGUACCAGAAAAUGAUGAUAAAACUCUUUCAACUAGAACUGGAAAUAAAACUUUUCGAAUUAAACGAGGAAACACAUAUUCAACAGAACACAAAGAAAAGACCCAAAAGAAAUCACCCUGAAUUUGAUGCAAUGGUGGAAGGUAUGAUGAAGAACACAUUGCAACAAUCAAAGUCCCCAGAAAAAUUAUCACGUUUAUCAUUUGAUAAACUUGCAGCGUCAAACAGUGAAAGCGAGGGUAAAAAGACGGUGCCACCUCCAAAAAAGAUUUCGAGAAAUCCUAUCAAAACAAGAUUUUCAAAGAACAGCAAUAAAAGUAACAGCUCCACUCUACCAAGUGGCAGAGCAACGAAGCUGCAAAUGAAAUCCCCAAAAAGGUCCUCUAGCCUUACGUGUGAAGAAUAUAUUGUCAUUGAUGAGAAAAACUAUCCUGAAAAUCAGCAACUUGAAUAUCAUGGAGAACAACUUGAAAUGGUUUAUAUGAUUCCCAAACAAACAGACACGUUAUCAAACGAACAAGAAGAUUUUUCAAAGCAUCAUCUUUCAUCCACGUCCGAAUUAGACUCUGAACAAUGCAAUCUCCUGCUUGAUUUAUUUGGCUCAGGUCAUGUGUCCUUAUUUCAAUCCGAGACGCAGCCAUGUUCCACCGUGUCUUCCGUCUCUUCAAUCGUUCAGUCAGAAGAGGACUUCUCGUCUCCUAUCUUGUCGCCUGUCACCCAGACGACAAACAUGUUUGAGGGAUUGCUUAGACCAUGUGACAGAACCUCCUCAUCUUCAGAGUCACAUUCUUUGGAAAGUUCUAUCGAGAGUUCAGGGACACAUUAAAGAUUUUAAUAUAAAAUGCACUAAUAUUUUCAAUUUAGAGAAUCUUUAAAUCCGAUGCAUCAAAGAAAAUUUAAUUAAUUAUUGAAAUUAUAAGAUAAAUUAUUGUAUGAAAAUUGAUUUGAAUUCAAAUAGAAUGUCUCAAUAUCGAUGAAGACAAAAACCAUUGUGAAUAUAUCAAAUUAUGUUUUAUGAACAUUGUCAGAAACAUUUUAAGAAUAUGAAUUCAUUCAUGCCACAGACUUUUAAAUUUCAAAAUUUCUGGUCUGUCGAUAGUAUAUGCAUAUCUUUUGAAUCAUUAAACUUUACAAGUGUCCAGUUUCUGGCACUACUAUAACUUCAUACAAUAAUUCUUCUGCUAACAAUGUAUACCUAAAUUGGAGAGAGAGAGAGAGAGAGAGAGAGAUUGUUUCAUUUUGUCAUUUUUAGCACUGCCGAUUUUAUACUGUAUGUUGUACACUGCCAGAGAGAUAUUUUAUGCAAAAGAAACUUAUGUAAAUCAUACGCUAUUGCAUAGUUUAAUUUGCUUGUAUUAAACCACAAAAUUCA